GGGAUUUAAAAAAAAAAAAAAGCUUUUGACCUUUGUUUGUAAUUGGCUGCUAAUUGGUACAACUGCUAUCACCUGUGUAACUUCAUCCAACAGAAUUGUAUUGCUCAUAAUUUGGAAAAAUAUUUUAGAGGUGUCAUUUUGUCCUGAAAACAAACUUUACUUGCCAGCUGUGACUCUCAGAUGGCUUCAAGGUUUCCUCAGACAAGAGCUGGAAAGAAGCAGGAGUUUUCAGAUUCAUCUCUGAGGGACCAUAACCUUCUGAGUAAAAUCGCUAGCACUUUCCCCUCGAGGGAUAACUGUGAUCAAGCAGAUUCCCUCAGGGAGCAACUUAAAGAAAUGGAUGAGCACGUUGCUAGACUUGAUGACAUGCUGAAGAGUGAAAGGGUCAAAAACACCCGUUUGCAGCAGAGGGUCAACCAAUAUGAAGCAGAGCUGAAACAGAGAGAGAAGCGAAUCAACAGAAUGAAAGAGCAAUUUACUCAAUUGUUGGACAGAGUAAAAGAGAAAGGAGUCAAAGGACCCUCCAUUGAGGUUCUGAACUUUCCACCUGGGGCUCGAGGCAAAACUGCAGCGUCAAUCAAGUCAUCCCGGUCCAAUGCAAAGCAAGAGGAGGCUGCGCUGCGUCUGAUGCUGGAGCGCCGAGAAGCGGAACUACAGGAGGCCAUGAAGCUCCGACAUAGCCUCACUACCUUAUUACAUGCUGUUCGAAUUGACAUGGAAGAAACAUUGUCAAAUUCUGAGGAUGCUAUGCAUAGAUCUCCAAAUACGGAGCAAAGAUUUGAUGAAGCUGAGGCAGCACUUGGUAACCAUGUAACAGGUGGCGUUGUUCAGAGUUGGAGACUCAUCCAACGAAGGCUGGUUGACCUUCGGAGCGAAGUUUGUUUGCGUGCAGAAUAUGUAGGCGAUGGCACUGACCAUGAUAAAAUCUUGGCUCAGCUCGAAACGGAACUGAAAGAGAGUCAACAAAUUGUCAAACUACAACAGCAAAUACUGCAGGACAAACUUGUGUCACCCAUUCCCUCUGAGCUGACUGAUUCUUACUUUUUGGAAGAGUGGGAGCGUCUCCAAAUGCGUUGGGCAGACCUCCAAAAUCAGAAACGGACUUUCGAAAGGGAGAGGAAGUCCUUCACUGAUGCGGCCAUUCGAUUAGGUCGGGAGCGUCGUGACUUUGAAAAUCUGAAAGGUUGUCUUUUAAAGCAGCAAUAUUUACACGAGUCUUAUUUCCGUAAUGAAAGAGCAGCAAGAUACAACACUGACUGCACCCUUCUCAGUCCAGGAUCCAGCAGCAUAUUUGGUUGCCCUUCUACUGAUUCCAGCCCGGUGACUGUUUCAGGGUGCCAUCUGGGAAGAAAAAAAAAUAUAACGCCCAGUACUCCUGAGCUAUACGCUACCCUCAGACUGCCAUACCACUGCAGACUCGAUGAGGGAACCAACCAGUCGGACAGAUAGGAAUGUUUGAGAGACUGAAGAGAAACGUCGCCAUCUAAAUCUUUGAACCGAUCAUUUUGAGUCUAUUCUAUCCGUAUCCAUUAAUAACGUUCAAGGUAUAUUCUUAAAGCAAUAAAAUAUUACUUCUUUUUUUUUUUAUCGUCCUGUAUUUUGUUUGUUCUCUCAAGAGAUUUAAAACGAAGAUGACCAAUAUCCAUGUCCUCGGUAUUCAGAAGAAAGAG